GAAUAUACACGUAUUAAUAGCAGUACUAAAUAAAAAAAAAAUAUAAGAAAUACUGAAUUAUAAACUACAUGCUUGAUAAUAACAACAGUGAUCGCUAUUACAUUUUUAAAAUGUAUCAUCUGUUUAUCAUAAAAGUAUGUGAAUAUUGCUUUAAAGUACAUUCAAUUGAAAUUACAUUUGAAUUAAUAAGUAACUGAACAUUUCGCGCCAAUGACUGGUAACGCUUUGAAAAGCAUUUCUGUAGUAUUUUGAAAGUGGGGGGGAAACUUGGAACUUAUAUAAAACAAUUACUUAUUAGAUGGUGCGACUUUGUGAAUCGCUGUGGUUGGUUGUGGUUUGAUUUUUUAGGUUACACGUAUGUUAUAUAUGCUGUUUACAUUUAAUUAAGAUCGUGAACGUGUAUCGUUUUAAUUAAAUAAAAUUGUGAGCAUAAUAUUCAUGUGAAAGUAUACAAAAAAAAACGAAACCAGUUUGUAUUUAUUUUUGGUUCAACAGCUGUACCUAAUUAUAUUUAAAUUUAAAUCGAUAGAUCAAGUAUGUCUGCAUCACCGAUUGCAAAGCAAGCUACCCAGAGCCAAAAUAUCCCUUCAAAACGGAUCGUGAUCAAUGAUUCUAGUCAAUUGCCUGCUGAUUAUUCAUCGACUCCUGGCGGAACGCUUUUUUCAACUACACCUGGAGGUACCCGUAUAGUUUAUGAACGUGAGUUUUUGAUGAAUUUACGAAAUUCACCUAUAUCACGAACACCGCCGCGAAAUAUGCCAUCUUUUGCAACGGAAUUAUUAAAGAAUGCUUCAACAAAUGUUGUGACAUCUGCAAAACCUCAAAUUAACAAAGAUACUCCAAUAAUUGAGGAAUCUGCAGAACAGUUUGAAAUGGACAUGUAAAGAAAUUGUGAUUAUUGUGUUCAUAUUGUGCCAGCCUUUAUACAAAUAUUAAUAAUUGAUUUAACUAACUAAACUUAUCAAAAACGUAUCUUCUUAAAUAAGUAUACGAUCAGGGGCCUUGUAUAAUAAGUCUUUGUAUUUUGUUCAAAAAUAUUGAAUGUAAUUAAUAUACUUGAUUCAUUACAUUCUUACCUUAUUUUUUAGCAAUGACCAACAGAAAUUUGACAAUAAAUUGAAAUCAAAACUUGA